CUUAAUUUCAAUUUCAUUUCAAAAGCGUUACUCUCUCUUUCUCUCUCACAGUUCCCUCUCUGUGAAUGUGAUGCUUCCUCCAUGAACUCUCUCCCCUUGUUCCCUCGGUUCUAUCGAUAGAUGCAAAUGGAAGCUCUCAUCUUCUUCACCUGAUCUCGUUUCCUGCUUCAGAUUCUCGCCAUUGAUGAGGAAUUUUUCAUCUUCUUCCCGUUAAUUUUUUCAUCGGGUUUGGUUCGGAACUCGAUCUUCACCGCAUCCACCUCGUAAUCGUUAAUUGAAGCAUGUACGGUGAUUCAGAGAUUUCAAAAUCUGCUUCAACUUCAUCUGCGGUAGAAGGUUCAACUUACGUCAAAGACAUGAAAAAUCUAACUGUUCAUACUGAAGAUUCUUUUUCCACCUUACAUGAACUUGCUUCUAACAAUGAUUUUGAAAGUUUCAAGCUAGCUUUAGACAGGGAUGCUUCUCUAAUAAAUGAAGUUGGCCCCUGGUAUGUCCGUCAAAGUGGAUCCAAACAAAUUGUUCUUGAGCAUAGAACUCCUUUAAUGGUUGCUUCUUGCUAUGGGAGUAUUGAUGUUUUAAAGCUUAUACUCACAUGUUCAGAGGCUGAUGUAAAUUUCUCCUGUGGGAAUGAUAAAAGCACUGCCCUUCACUGUGCCGCUUCAGGCGGUUCUGUUAAUGCAGUUGAUGUUAUGAAGCUGCUUUUAUCUGCUGGUGCUGAUAUCAAUUGUGUGGAUGCUAAUGGAAACCGUCCUGUUGAUGUUAUUGUUGUUCCUCCUAAGUUCCAAGGUAUGAAAACAAUUAUUGAAGAACUUCUCUCAGAUAGUGCUUCUGAUGGGUCUGUUGAUACCUGCUUUCUUCCAGUAUAUGUUAAUUCAUCAAGUCCUAGUUUAGCUGCCCAUUUAUCAUCCCUUGAAAAUGGGUUGCCAUCCUCUCCUGUAGCUUUGAAGUUCAAUGAUGCAACUAUCAAUUCUACAUCUGAGAAAAAAGAAUAUCCAAUUGAUCCAUCACUUCCUGAUAUAAAAAACAGCAUAUAUGCCACAGACGAGUUUCGCAUGUUUUCAUUCAAGGUUCGCCCUUGCUCCCGUGCAUACUCUCAUGAUUGGACUGAGUGUCCUUUUGUUCAUCCUGGAGAGAAUGCCCGUAGGAGAGACCCCAGAAAGUUCCAUUACAGCUGUGUGCCAUGUCCUGAAUUUAGAAAAGGGGCUUGUAGACGUGGGGAUAUGUGUGAAUAUGCCCAUGGAGUAUUUGAGUGCUGGCUACACCCUGCUCAGUAUCGGACAAGACUCUGCAAAGAUGGCACUGAUUGCAACAGAAGGGUAUGUUUUUUUGCUCACACUACUGAAGAGCUGCGUCCAUUGUAUGUGUCCACUGGGUCUGCUGUACCUUCACCCCGAUCUUCUGCCUCUGCUCCUAAUGUCAUGGACAUGGCUGCUGCAAUGAGCCUUCUUCCAUGUUCACCGUCAGCGAUUUCUUAUGUGGCUCCAUCCCCCUUUGCACAGCCAAUAUCUCCAUCUGCCAAUGGCAUGUCUCACUCAUCUACUGCUUGGCCGCAGCCAAAUGUGCCUGCGCUUCAUUUACCAGGAAGCAAUAUUCAAACUAGCCGUUUGAGAUCUUCUCUUAGUGCUCGCGACAUGCCACCUGAAGACUUGAAUUCGGUACCAGACUUCGAUGGCCAGCGUCACCUGUUGAAUGACUUGGGCUGUUUCUCCCAACCGUGUACUGGUUCCAUUUCAAUGAGCCGAUCUGGUUGGUCUAAGACACUAACUCCAUCAAAUCUUGAUGAUCUAUUUUCAGCUGAAAUUUCUUCGUCUCCUCGGUAUUCUGACCCAGCAGCAGCUUCUGUAUUUUCCCCAACACAUAGAUCAGCAGUUCUCAAUCAGUUUCAACAGCUUCAAAGUUCGUUAUCACCCAUAAAUACAAAUGUCUUAUCUCCUAAUAACGGUGAGCAUCCUCUAAGAGAUUCUUCAUUUGGUGUCUCUUCGCCUGGAAGGAUGUCACCAAGAAGUGUGGAACCCCUCUCUCCAGGGAGCUCUCGAUUAUCAGCAUUUGCUCAGCGUGAGAAACAACAGCAACAGCUGCGGAGCCUUAGUUCAAGGGAUCUGGGCGCCAACAAUCCUGCCUCAAUUGUUGGGUCCCCUAUUAACUCCUGGUCUAAGUGGGGAUCUCCUACUGGAAAAGUAGAUUGGUCUGUAAAUGGAAAUGAGCUAGGUCGAUUACAAAGAUCAUCCUCAUUUGAGCUUGGAAACAAUGGAGAAGAGCCUGAUCUAUCAUGGGUCCAAUCCCUUGUCAAGGACACCCCACCUGAAAUAAAAGAGAAGUUGGCAGUGUCUGGCCCUAUUGCAUCUGCUGAUGGACUGAAUUCCAAUUUUCAAAUGGAGACUGUUGAUAAUUCUGUUUUAGAAGCCUGGCUCGAGCAAAUGCACCUGGAUCAGCAUGUAGUUUAUAGUCAAAAUUGACCCUUAUACAUUUUGUUGUGGUAACUAGUUAAUUCCAUAAGGUACAUUUUCCUUUGGUUUAAUGGGUCCAACAAGGAGGAAAUGUAAUGAUACUAUAGAUGGACGGUAGAUGGCUGCAAUGUUCCCCAAGGAUAAUUGAUUCUUUUUACUCAUAAUUUUGUCAUUCAUUGUUUUACUAAAGAGCUUCAGCAAGAGAAGAAAGCUUCUCUCUUGGCUGAUAUCUUGUAGAGAAGAAAAAUCCUGUAAAGGUUAGGUGUUCUUAAAAUACUGUUGCAGGUCACUUUCCCCUCAUUUUAUUCUGAUCCUGCCCUCAAAGACUGCUGAUGGUUUUUGUAUAGCAACAAAACCAGUAGCUUCAUUUGUUUGUAAGUUCCUUUUUGUGCACUAUUACCUGUUAAGAAUCUUUCAGUAAUUUUCUAUGGCUA